CCACUGUUCGACUGUCCAGAUUUAAUCAAUCACAAGCUCUCGGCCACUAUAUAGAGCCCCGCACAGAGGGAGUGAGAGUUUCUUGCAGUUUCGAGACGUUUCGAAACGACAGCGUUAGGGAUUUUGGAUCGUCGGUUAGGGUUUCGGUGAGAGAAAAGCUAUGGCGGAGGAGCAGCAUCUGCACGAGGAGCCAAAGGCUGAGUCGUUGAUGGAGAAGAUAUCGGAGAAGAUCCACGGCCACGGCGAUGCGUCGUCGUCGUCUUCGUCGGAUUCGGAGGACGAGAAGAAGAAGAGCCACUCUUCUCCGUCGCCGACGCAGCCCAAGGCUUACAAGCUCUUUGGGAGAGAAAAGCCAGUGCACAAUGUUCUCGGUGGUGGCAAACCCGCUGAUGUUUUCUUGUGGAGGAACAAGAAGAUAUCAGCAGGAGUGCUUGGUGGUGCAACUGCUUUAUGGAUUCUGUUUGAAUUACUUGAAUACCACUUGCUGACUCUAGUUUGCCACAUCUUGAUUCUGGUUCUUGCGGUUCUGUUCUUGUGGUCCAAUGCAUCCACCUUCAUCAAUAAGAGUCCACCACGUAUUCCGGAAUUCCAUAUCCCGGAGGACCCAGUUCUACAGAUUGCUGCUGCAGUGAGGAUAGAGAUCAAUCGUGCUUUUGGAGUUUUGCGUGAUAUUGCAUCGGGAAGAGACUUGAAGAAGUUCCUAUCUGUGAUUGCUGGCUUGUGGAUUUUGUCUGUUGUGGGGCACUGGUGCAACUUCUUGACCUUGUUCUACAUAGCAUUUGUUUUGCUACACACGGUGCCCGUGCUCUAUGAGAAGUAUGAGGGCCAUGUGGACGCAUUUGCUGAGAAGGCACAUGGUGAGAUCAAGAAGCAGUACGUAGUUUUUGAUUCAAAGGUUCUGAGCAAGAUUCCUAGGGGCCCAUUGAAGGAUAGGAAGAAGGAUUAGAGUGUCAAAGACUUCAUGGCCAUUUCAUAUAGCUCUGACAGUGUUUUGUGAAGGUGGUGCGAGUUUUUAUCCAUGAUUGUCUAGAACCCUGUUAUCUUUUUUAUUGUUUUAUGGUCUUCGGGUUCACAACGUGGAUUGAUAUGGGUUUUUUUUCUAGUACUUGGUUUUGCAACAUACAUAUGGCUCAUUUUAAAUGGGUCUAUUUGGUGACCUGGUGAUAUGUUACUUUUAUAUAUUUGCAUAUUAAUUAGUGCCAUGUA